AUGAUUACGAAAGGAAAGAGAGUUGAAAUCUCCACCAACUCUGUUCACUCUCUUGUUUUGUCUGAUGGAGGAGAUGUGGAAGAAGUCAGGCCAUUAAAAUCUGAGGAUGAUGUUACUUGCGCUGUGCCUGUGCCGCAGCAGCAGCAAGGGAAAGCUUCGGUUUUGCCGUUUGUUGGAGUUGCUUGUUUAGGAGCUAUUUUGUUUGGUUAUCAUUUAGGGGUGGUGAAUGGUGCUCUGGAGUAUCUUGCCAAGGAUCUUGGUAUUGUUGAAAAUACUGUCUUACAAGGAUGGAUUGUUAGCACAUUGCUUGCUGGUGCUACCGUUGGUUCAUUUACUGGGGGAGCAUUGGCUGAUAAGUUUGGGAGAACAAGGACUUUUCAGCUGGAUGCAAUUCCGCUAACAAUUGGUGCUGUGCUCUGUUCUACGGCCCAGAGUGUACAGACUAUGAUAAUUGGGCGUCUACUUGCUGGUAUAGGAAUUGGUAUUUCUUCUGCUAUCGUGCCACUUUACAUAUCUGAGAUCUCGCCAACUGAAAUCCGUGGUGCGCUGGGGUCUGUAAACCAACUUUUUAUAUGCAUUGGGAUUCUUUUGGCAUUGGUAGCGGGAUUGCCAUUGGCAGGAAAUCCUAUAUGGUGGAGGACAAUGUUUGGCAUUUCAGCUGUUCCUGCUGUUCUAUUGGCACUGGGAAUGGCAUUUUCUCCAGAAAGUCCUCGGUGGCUUUUUCAGCAAGGAAAAUUUUCUGAAGCUGAAAAAUCCAUAAUGACGCUUUAUGGAAAAGAAAGAGUUGCUGAUGUCAUGACCGAUUUAAAUGUGGCUAGUCAAGGUUCUGCUGAGCAAGAAGCUGGAUGGUUUGACCUGUUUAGCAGCCGCUAUUGGAAAGUUGUGAGCGUUGGUGUAGCACUUUUCUUUUUCCAACAAAUGGCUGGGAUAAAUGCUGUGGUGUAUUAUUCAACUGCCGUGUUCCGUAGUGCUGGCAUUGAAUCAGAUGUUGCUGCCAGUGCUCUUGUUGGGGCAUCAAACGUCUUUGGUACAACUAUUGCAUCUUCCUUAAUGGACAGGCAAGGAAGGAAGAGUCUUCUGAUCACUAGCUUUUUUGGAAUGGCUGCCUCAAUGCUGCUGCUUUCCUUGUCCUUCACUUGGAAGGCCCUAGCACCAUAUUCUGGAACCCUAGCUGUUCUAGGGACAGUUUGCUAUGUGUUGUCGUUUUCACUUGGUGCUGGUCCUGUGCCUGCUCUUCUUCUCCCAGAGAUAUUUGCCUCCAGAAUUAGAGCAAAAGCAGUCGCCUUAUCCUUGGGCAUGCACUGGGCUGCAAAUUUUGUCAUCGGCCUGUAUUUCUUGAGCUUUGUGAACAAGUUUGGGAUCAGCUCUGUAUAUUUAGGAUUUUCAGGCAUCUGUCUUCUUGGUGUCUUGUACAUAGCAGCUAAUGUUGUGGAAACGAAGGGACGUUCAUUAGAAGAAAUAGAACGAGCUCUUGACCCUGCAAUUUAACCGGAAUACUUGUCGAAAGUGCACUUGAUAAUAAUGUCACCCCGGCUCGUCGCCAUGGUGCUUUUUACCCCUGGAGGGUUCAUCAUUUUGCAGGAACUGUCACUGGGUUUGCUAUAGUCCCACAUGUUCGAAGUUAAGUCCCUAGUGUAACCAGCUUAGUGAACUGGCUGUUUUUUGUAUGUAAUAUCAGAACUGCGGCACCAAUAAUCAGUUGUUUCAUCAAAGCUGAAUGUCAAAUAUUACAAAUAAAUUCUUUUCCAUA